GAGUUGUCUUGUCCUGUGCGUGGGCCAGUUGUUGGGUUGGUGGCCUCCACCCUCCACCUCCGUUUUGUUUUGUUUUCAUCCAUCCUUAAUCAAAGCAGCAGCAGCCGCCACCAACGCUCUCGGCGGUUAUUUCCACAUUUCCCACCCUCCUCCCUCUCUCGUUUUCUCCGCCCUUCUCUUCAUCUUCUCUUCGCACUUCUUCCCUUUAUUAAUCUCUCCUCUCCCAGUUCUGUAUUUCUGCACUCCUACUCUUACAUAGACACGGUUAACAACCCCCCCCCCCCCCCCUCUCUUCCCAACCCCAGGAAGGAAAAAAAACAAUCUGUCAAUCACCAUCACUUAGGAAUCUAGCAAUGGCUUCAGCUUUCUCUGCAACCAAAAUCAUACAACCCUUACCCCUCAACACCACCCUUACCAGAUCUCCCGAGAAUGCUCUCUUUCAUCCUCGCAAAACCACCCCUUCCUCUUUUCUCGGAACAACCCACAAGCUCCGUCUCCACGAACCCAAUUCAGCUCGCUUCGCGAAACGUCGAUCCGCCACUGUGGUGGCCGUCUCCGAUGUCGUCAAGGAAAAGAAGCUCAAAUCCAACACCUCCCUCUCUAAUCUGCUCAUUACUAAAGAAGAAGGCUUGGAACUCUAUGAGGACAUGGUUUUGGGCAGAGGCUUCGAAGACAUGUGUGCCCAGAUGUAUUACAGGGGCAAAAUGUUUGGAUUCGUCCAUUUAUACAAUGGCCAAGAAGCCGUCUCCACUGGGUUCAUCAAGCUCUUGAAGAAGGAAGAUUGCGUGGUCAGCACGUACCGCGAUCACGUUCACGCUUUGAGCAAAGGGGUGCCUGCUCGUGCCGUGAUGAGCGAGCUCUUCGGCAAGACCACUGGCUGUUGCCGAGGCCAAGGUGGGUCUAUGCAUAUGUUCUCCAAAGAGCACAACCUUCUUGGGGGUUUUGCAUUUAUUGGGGAAGGAAUCCCGGUGGCUACCGGGGCGGCCUUCACUAGUAAGUACAGGAGGGAGGUCUUGAAAGAGGCUGAUUGUGACCAUGUGACUUUGGCUUUUUUUGGAGAUGGCACUUGCAACAAUGGGCAGUUCUUUGAGUGCUUGAACAUGGCUGCAUUGUGGAAAUUGCCAAUUGUGUUUGUUGUGGAGAACAAUUUGUGGGCUAUUGGGAUGUCCCAUUUGAGGGCCACGUCUGAUCCGGAGAUUUAUAAGAAGGGUCCGGCGUUUGGGAUGCCUGGGGUUCAUGUUGAUGGGAUGGAUGUCUUGAAGGUAAGGGAGGUGGCUAAGGAGGCUAUUUCCAGGGCUAGGAGAGGAGAUGGCCCAACUUUGGUUGAAUGUGAGACUUACAGGUUUAGAGGACACUCUUUGGCUGAUCCCGAUGAGCUGCGUGACCCUGCUGAGAAGGCUCACUAUGCUGCUCGAGAUCCCAUCACAGGUUUGAAGAAUUACAUGAUUGAAAACAAUCUGGCCAGUGAAGCAGAAUUAAAGGCCAUAGUGAAGAAGAUAGAGGAGUUGGUUGAGAAUGCUGUUGAGUUUGCAGAUGAGAGCCCUGCUCCAUCUCGUAGCCAGCUUCUGGAGAAUGUAUUUGCAGAUCCAAGAGGUUUUGGAAUUGGAGCUGAUGGUAGGUAUAGAUGCGAGGAUCCCAAGUUUACCGAAGGCACUGCUCAUGUCUAACCCCUGAAGACCGGUUGUCCAUUGACACUUAGAGCUGGUUUCCAAUACUUCAAGGAGGGAUGCAUGGUUCCGUUUUAUCUAUUAGUUGGUGCGCACGUGCGUUGCACGUGGACUAUUAUCAUAUUAAUUUUUUUUUUUUUAAUUAAUGGUAAAGAUUGUUAACUGUCUUUUUUUUUUU